ACUGUUAAUAUUUUUGUUUAAUAGAUUCAUAGAUAAAUGAUAUAUAGACAAAAGUGAGUUUGUAAUGUAAAUUUUAAAAACGAUCUGAUAUAGCUGGGACAUAUUAAUUCUACCACCGCUCUAUUGUUAUAUUGAGGCGCUGUUACCACUAUACGCUGUGACUGUAGCGGUUGGAUCUCGCCGGCUGUCAGAGAAAGAAACAGAAAAAAUGGUUAGCAGGGCUUGGUGCCACGACGGUUACACAGUGCGGGAAAUUAACGUUAACUCAACCGCCCCUUCAACGGAUUUUUACAACGGCUGCUUUUUUCCCUCAUCUCUCCCUACUCUCUCUCUCUGACUGUUUUCUUCUUUCUCCCCACUCGCAAGUCAUGUGAUUGUAACGUAAAACCCCUAACCGGAAAACACCGACGGACGACCCUCCGCCGCCAACGAAUGCUGCGUUUACAAGGAACACAGUUGAAGCUGCAGCGAGCGCAGAGAGGACGGACGGCUGGGUCUCCGGUAGCAAACAAACAAGGGCGAUACGGAGGAACUCCGGUGAUUUCAGCAGAGCGCAAGUUGAAGAAUGGAGUUGGCCAACCAUGGUCUUAUCCUGCUGCAACAGCUUAACGCUCAGAGGGAAUUUGGCUUCCUGUGCGACUGCACUGUGGCUAUUGGAGACGUCUUCUUCAAAGCCCACAAAGCGGUCCUCGCUGCCUUCUCCAACUACUUCAGAAUGCUCUUUAUUCACCAGGACAGUGACUGCGUGCGUCUGAAGGCCGCUGACAUCCAGCCAGAUAUCUUCAGCUAUCUCCUCAACCUGAUGUACACAGGCAAGCUCGCCCCCCAGCUGAUAGACCCGGCGCGUCUCGAGCAGGGAGUCAGAUUCCUCCACGCGUAUCCGCUCCUGCAGGAGGCCAGCCAGUCGGUGUAUUCCCACCCCGAUCAGAGCAUCAACCUCUCCACCUCGCUCUACGGCAUACAGAUAUCCGACCAGCAGGUGGCGCUGUCAGCCAGAGUACCGGCUCGUCGACAGCUCUCCUCACCGUUUGACUUGGAGCAACUGAACUCGGAGGGGAAAGUGUCCUCACCCGCCACGGCGUCGUUCACAAACGCCCUAUUGUCCAAGCAAGCUGCAUCGCCCCCUGAUAUCGAGGCCUCAACCAGCAGCGCGAAGGCAUCCGGUGAGGAGGGGGCAAUGGACGUACUGAGCGCAGAUGGUUCCUCCGCCACUGCGAUCCUCCAUGUAAAGCCGAGCAUAAUGAAGAGAAGUUCCUCCUUCAGGAAGUAUUACUCGUGCCACCUCUGCAAGAGCAGAUUCACCCAGAGAAGUCUGCUGAGAGAACAUCUCCUGCACCACACACAGGCUCUCCAGCAGGCGGCGGCGGAGCCCAGCAAGGCGCCGCCGUCGCCCGCUGUGAUCAGAGAGAACAGCAUGUUGGCAGAGGGGGCUUCUAAAGGAAUCAAGGCCGGCUCGAGCGCCUCGGCCACAGCUGUGGAGAUCAUCAGCGACAACGAACAAACUCCCGUCUCAGGCACCAACUCUGACUCUCCCCAAGCAGAGGUGUCCACCUCCACGUGGGGGGUGGGAGGGUUGAGCUCCCAGGCAGACACCCCGCCUCCGUCGGACAUCGCGGACAUCGACAACCUGGAGAACGCCGACCUGGACCGCGAAGUGAAGCGCAGGAAGUACGAGUGCUCCACGUGCGGACGCAAGUUCAUUCAGAAGAGCCACUGGCGCGAGCACAUGUACAUCCACACGGGGAAGCCCUUCAAGUGCAGCGCGUGCGGGAAGAGCUUUUGCCGUGCCAACCAAGCCGCCCGCCAUGUCUGCCUGAACCAGGGCGCCGACACCUACACCAUGGUGGACCGGCAGAGCAUGGAGCUCUGCGCUGCAGGGGAAGACAGCAACCAGAUGGAGGCCAUGUUCUUGGGCUCCUCGAAGCCUUACAAAUGCAACAUUUGUGCGACGACCUUCUCCAGCCCCGCUGAGGUGAUCAAACACCUGUGCUUCUCCCAAGGGGGAUUAGCAGGACUGCCGGGAAGCGCAGGUGCAGGCAUGCUGCUGCAGCAAGAAGAUGUCUCCAAAGAUGAAGGCUCUGAUUUGUCCAACUCUGGCACCCCACCAGAACCGAUAAAGACUGAGGAGAUCCUCGUAGAAUAGCAGCCGAACUGUUUAACAUGUUUGCCAUCUAAAUUAUGGUUAAAAUAGGUAAGCUAAAGAAAAAUUUGUCAGGGUAUGUUUGCUAGAUAUUCUUAACCUUUAUUUCAUGAUAAAGUGCUUUAAAUGUGUAGACCCUAAGAGUGCUAAUUAUAAAGAUUUCUCUCGAUACAAUCAUAAAAAUUACACACACACACAUUUCACUGAAAGGCUUUGGGUUAACCAACAAUAAAACACUGAUUUGUUAUGCUGUAAUAAACUCUUUGCGUGCAGCUUUCUGCGCUUUUUGACAUAGGAAGAGGAAGCUGAGGCCGUCUAGAGUUGUUAGACAUCAAGAGUUGCAAAACGCUGAUAACUCCUCUGCUACUGCAGGGAAUUUCCACAUGGGCAGAAAUCUAGACAUAAACUGGCAGCUGCAAGCACACAGACCAGAGACAAUCUGUGCUCGCUGUAUUUGAACCGACUCUCAGUGUCCGUCUUCCAUCCUCUGAUGUCGGCUGAACAGAAUAAAUAUGUUUAUGUGACGCAACGACCAUUCACCGCAUCUUCCCCAGCACACGGCUACGUGUGUGUAUGCCUCUGUGUUUAGUGGUGUCUUAGUGGGAUUACCGCUCCUGUCUUUUAUUCCUUGUCACACCGGACGGAGAAACAGGCUCGCGUUGUCUAAAUUUAUGCCACUUUGGUUUGUUUUCCUCACAUUUGCCAGCCUUGUUAUGUAUUAUAUAACUCUUUGGUUACUAACACUGUAGCAACAUGUUCCAUCCAGACCCUCAAUCUGAGGCUGUAGAAUAUUGUAAAUCAUGUGUGUUUUCAUAUAAUUAAUUUGAAUCUAUUUCUGGAUCCCUUUUAAAGUUUAUUUGAUGUUUUUCUAAUUUUAUACACAGCGCUAUAUUCAUAAAAUGACAAUAUAUUUGAAAAGAUGUAAGAUGACUAGUGGACUGAUCGCUUCCAAAAUCUUAACAUGUGAAGGAUAUUGAAUAAACUUGUGUUGAAUUGUUAAGGAGGUUUUUCAAAGUCUUGCCAAAUGUGUGCUAAAGGAUAUUUGUUGUGCUAAAAGGGAAAUAGUUUCUUCUAUAUUUUAACGUUUUUUUUUUUGUUUUUUUUUUGUUUUUUGUGUUUGUAUGUUUUUAGUUUCUGCCCAUACGAGAAUAAAAGUGUGAUAGAAGGUUGCAACUUUUAGACAAACUUUGUAGAGGCCUGAUUAUUUCAGCUAUCUGGACUGGAAGUCACAUCUCAAAGAACAAGGUGGUUUACACAUGUUUUGUUGGAAUAUAAAAUGUGUUUUAUUGAUCUUCCAUAUCAGUUCUUGUGCUACUGAUGACUAGAAUUAGAGUUUUUUUUAUACAUGUUGAAUAAAUGAGAAGCUCACAUUAA